UGCGAUCAAACGUUGACGUCGUCGCCGUCCGCGUUUGCUCGCUUAGUGCUAGUAACCGUUUUACCUUACAUAAUAUGAAAGAACUUGACCCACAUCCUUGCGCCAACUACCUGCAGUAUACACCAUGUUGUUGCUGACGAAAGCAUCCGUUUCCUGCCUGUUGAAGCACGGUCCUUCUUCGGUGUGUCCAGUGUCCUGUGGUGUACGCUUCCUUAGUCCAAAUGCCCCCGCCACCGCCGUGUCGGCCGUGUCCGCGCUCGGCAAAACCCCCGUCGAGGUGUUGCAAGAGAAGCUCGAGCAUGGCGAAAUUCAACCCGACCCCCACCAGCAUCGACUCACGGAGGCACUGCAGGUAGUGUAUGAUAGUAUUAAAACGUACAGCCCGCCUAAACCGAGCACUGGCUUAGGGAAAUGGUUCAGCUUUGGCAAACCCCAGAAGGUCGACGCACCCAAAGGACUCUACAUUUACGGCAGCGUUGGCGGGGGGAAAACGAUGCUAAUGGAUAUGUUCUACGAUUGCUGUGCGAUUGAUCGAAAACGUCGAGUGCACUUCAAUUCGUUUAUGACAGAUGUGCAUACGAAAAUACACGAUAUCAAGUCCAAACACGUCCGCGACGCUAGCAACAGUAAACCGCAACCCUUCGACCCAAUUAAACCGGUGGCCGAGCUGAUAACCGAGGAUUCAUGGUUGAUUUGCUUCGAUGAAUUUCAGGUCACAGACAUAGCGGACGCCAUGAUCUUGAAGCGGCUAUUCACUUAUCUCUUCAAUAACGGCGUGAUUGUGGUAGCCACCAGUAACCGUGCCCCCGACGAUCUCUACAAAAACGGACUACAGCGAAGCAACUUCGUGCCGUUCAUUGGCGUACUAAAGCAUCACUGCAACGUGGUGACGCUCGAUAGUGGGGUCGAUUACCGGACGGCGGCACUGAAGGGGGAAAGUAAACACUACUUCGAUAAAUCACAAGGAGAUGCCAACGACUCAAUGGACAAACUGUUCAAAGUGCUUUGUUCCCAGGAGAAUGAUAUGAUACGACCAAAAACCUUUACGCACUUUGGAAGGAACAUUACUUUUGCUAAAACCUGCGGCCAGGUGCUGGAUAGCACAUUUGAAGAACUCUGUGAUAGGCCUCACGGUGCUAGCGAUUUCCUUCAAAUUUCACAAUUCUUUCACACGGUCCUCAUACGAGAUGUCCCGCAACUAAACUUAAAGCUAAAAUCCCAAACUAGAAGAUUUAUUACGCUAAUUGAUACGUUGUAUGACAGCCGCGUUAGGCUAGUCGUAUCGGCGGAUGUACCGUACAAGUUUCUAUUUUCUAACGAAAAACCAGACGAUAUGCACACCUCCGAUGAGCAUCGAAUGCUGAUGGACGAUCUGAAAAUCACCAAAGAAUCGUCGGACGCUAGCUCGAAUAUUUUCACCGGUGAGGAAGAGGCUUUCGCUUUUGAGCGAACCGUAUCACGGCUGGCGGAAAUGCAGUCCGCCGAAUACUGGACGCUGUGGGAGAAGCAUCGCUAGAACUAGAAACAAUGUCCUAUGCGAUAAAGGAAGUAACAGAGCAGCACGAUACUAUUCAAGAUAUGUAUGUACUUAACUUUGCCUUAGUCAGUUGAAUGUACAUACAAGAUAUAAUUGUAAAUUUAGCUACCAACAAAUUGAAUGUGAAAUAAAUUAUUUUAUUUAUGUUUUGCCUUGACUGCAAUU